CCAUGCCAGAUGAAUGCAUGCACUGCAAUGGUGAGAACUACCAAGGCACAGUUUCAAGGACGGAAUCUGGAACUGAGUGUCAGCGUUGGGACUCCCAAGACCCCCAUUCUCAUGAGUACAUUCCUUCCAAGCUUCCCAACAGGAAUCUAAAGCAUAAUUAUUGUCGUAAUCCAGAUGGAGAGCCUCAACCAUGGUGUUUUACCACGGAUCCAAAUAAGCGCUGGGAAUUUUGCAACAUUUCUCGCUGUGCUACACCCCCACCAUCUCCAGGUCCAAUGCUUCAGUGUUUAAAGGGACGGGGUGAAAACUACAGAGGCAAUAUUGCAGUUACUAAGUCUGGAUUUACUUGUCAGCACUGGAAUACACAGAUACCUCACAAGCAUAAUCGGAUCCCAGAAAAGUUCCCCUGCAAAGGUUUGGAUGAAAACUAUUGCCGUAAUCCUGAUGGGGAGAAGGCACCCUGGUGCUAUACUACUAACAGUGAACGGAGGUGGGAAUACUGUGAUAUACCUGCUUGUGAUUCUCCUCCACAGACAGAAGCAUUGGUGCCCCCUGAGCAAACCCACGUGAUCCAGGAAUGCUAUGAGGGCAAUGGACAAAGUUACCGUGGAACAUCAUCCACCACAAACUCAGGAAAGAAGUGCCAAGCCUGGUCUUCUAUGACACCACACUGGCAUGAGAAGACCCCAGACAAUUUCCCUCAUGCUGAUUUGAUACAAAACUACUGCAGAAAUCCAGAUGGGGACAAAAGUCCUUGGUGUUAUACCACGGAUCCCAGCGUCAGAUGGGAAUUCUGUAAUCUAGAGAAAUGUUCUGGAACAGGAGGGACUCUCCCAAACUCACAAAUUAUAAGAGUCCCUAGUGUAGAUAAGCCAUCCACUGAAGAAUCAGAUUGCAUGUUUGGAACUGGGAAAGACUACCGGGGCAAGAGGUCGACCACUGCUGCUGGCACCUUGUGCCAGGCCUGGGCUGCACAGGAACCUCACAAACAUAGUCUUUUUACUCCACAGAGAUAUCCAAGGGCAGACCUGGAAGAAAAUUAUUGCCGUAAUCCUGAUGGUGACCCCAAUGGCCCUUGGUGCUAUACAACAGAUCCUAAAAAGAUUUUUGACUACUGUGACAUUCCCCAGUGUGUCUCACCAACUUCAUUUGGCUGUGGAAAACCCAGAGUAGAGCAAAAUCAAUGCGGGGGAAGAAUUGUAGGUGGGUGUUCUGCUCACCCCCACUCUUGGCCAUGGCAGAUCAGUCUCAGAACAAGGUUUGGAGAACACUUCUGUGGAGGUACUCUCAUAGCUCCACAGUGGGUGCUGACAGCUGCUCAUUGCCUGGAACGCUCCAAUAGGCCUGCCUCAUAUAAAGUUAUCCUGGGUCUACACAAUGAAAUUCCUCCAGAACCAUAUUCUCAAGAAAUAGGAGUCACUCAGAUGUUCAAGGCACCCUAUCGGGCAGACAUUGCUUUGCUGAAACUGAGCAGACCUGCCAUCAUCAACGAUAAAGUUAUUCCAGCAUGCUUACCUUCAGGAGAUUUUGUCGUGCCUGACAAAACACUAUGCCACGUCACUGGCUGGGGUGACACCAAAGAUGACAGUAUCCUCACACAAACAAUUUCACCCACUAACAAAGACCUCGAAGGCUUAAUUGCUGAGUUACUCAUCAGGAUGAUGGAAAAUGCUUUACUGUACACUAUAAUCUAA